GAAAGCCCGUCUUUGGCUCAGGGAGCGCCAUGACUGAAGUUGGUUGGUGGAAGCUGACCUUCCUCCGGAAAAAGAAAUCCACCCCCAAGGUGCUGUAUGAGAUCCCUGACACCUAUGCCCAAACAGAGGGCAGCUCAGAGUCCCCGCGGCCUGAGGGCGGGGUCCCCGACAGUGACUUUAACACCCGCCUGGAGAAGAUUGUGGACAAGAGCACAAAGGGCAAGCACGUCAAGGUCUCCAAUUCCGGCCGCUUCAAGGAAAAGAAAAAAGUCCGAGCCACGCUGGCAGAGAACCCCAACCUCUUUGAUGACAGGGAGGACAAAGGACAGUGAAGGGGGCCUAGAAGGAUGCUAGCACUUCCCCACUCCCUGCCAUCAGCCAGAUCUGAGACAGGAGCUUGCCACACUGGCCCCCUCGACCACAGCCGAAGCCAUGGGGACAGCUGAUACCUGCUGGCAGGAAAUGUCCAUUUUAGAUUUGUAUUUAUGUGUCUCAGCUUUCUGGAAGGCCUGGGAGAUCCCAGGGUUCUCCCACCCUCCCCAUCACAUACAAAGGCACUCUUAGUUCAAGGAUAAAAAGUCUCACCCAGGAAGAACAGCCCUCCAUGCAGCAGUGGCAGGGCCAGCAGGGAGGUGGACAUGGCAAGAAAUAGAGAGAAGAAGACCUACUUCACCUCCUCCCAGGGCACAGGGUCAAGGGUGAGUCUGAAUUGCUGCUCCCUCUACUUUUUCUACCUGUGACUGUUUCUUGGACUAAUUCUGAGAGCAUUUUCCAGAAGCCAUGUGACAGGGGACUGGUUUCCCGGAGUGGGAGGGGGACUGAACUUGAUUUCACCUCUUAACACAACUGGGAAACUUCCUAGAACUUUUUCUCCAGGGGGUUGAGGAACCUGUUAUUCCCUGGGGAUGCCGCAGAAGGCUAGGUUAGGGACCCCACGGGUCCAAAUUAGGGGAGGGGGUGAGGAAGCUCUAGUAGGAGCUAAAGCAGCCAGUUCUCUUUUCUCCUUCCCUACUCAUAUUUAAGAUGGAUCAGCCCCGGAGAUGAGU